AAGUGCAUUCGACUGGUACUCCCCACUCGCGGCCGUGCUUUCUCUUUUUCUCUUCAGUCAUCUUUGUUUUUGUGCUUUUCAUAUCUUAAAGCAAAUCUGAUUUCAAAAGGAAUCACCGACGAAAGAAAAGAAAGGAAAAAGAAGAAUGAGUGAGGGGAGGAUAAAGAAGAGUGUGAACGGAGGAGCACCGGCGCAAACAAAUCCGGAUGAUCGGAGAUCUAGUGUUGAAGCAUCUUCUCAAGGGGCGGGGGCGGGGAAGCAGCGAGCUGUGAUAAAAAGUGCUGAUAUGAAGGAGGAUAUGCAGAAGGAGGCUAUCGAUAUCGCUAUCACCGCAUUUGAGAAGAACAGUGUGGAGAAGGAUAUAGCUGAGAAUAUAAAAAAGGAGUUUGACAAGAAACAUGGUGCUACUUGGCAUUGCAUUGUUGGUCGCAACUUUGGUUCUUACGUAACCCACGAGACUAACCAUUUCGUUUACUUUUACCUCGACCAAAAAGCUGUUCUGCUCUUCAAGUCCGGUUAAGAAUUCCGAAACCAAGAAAGCUCCUCAUCUGGUGCAUUUAUUGUCAUCACGUUGUAGUUAGUUCCUUCCUUGUGUUCUACGCGUAUGUGUAUGUGUUGCUUUGUAAGGCUUUCACCAACAACACUUUAAACUGUAUGUAUAUUCGAUUUUAAAACUCAGUUUCCAGAAAACCGGAAUUUCCGGUUUGUGUUUACUGCUUC